AUGAACGAAGCUUCGAGUUCAAGCUCGGUAGAACCGACCUUUGAGGGAUUCGUCGAGAGUACUAGGGAUGCCCUCCUUCUUUUUCAGGGUGUCAUCAACCAAACCUUACCGACGGUGCCUCGCCGUCCUCACGAACGGGAGAGAGAGUCAUUGAUAAGAUCCGGAGCCGUCUUCGUGUACGAAGAGAAUUCUUCAGCGAUUAAGAGGUGGACAGACGGGAUUGCUUGGAGUCCGAGUCGGAUAAUUGGAAACUUCCUCAUUUAUCGAGAACUGAAAAAACCAUUCGCACCAGGGGAGAAGAAGCGCGCCACCAAGGUAGCUAAACGUGGACAGGCUUCUCAACAACAACGAUAUUCCCGUGCUACAAGUGAUGGAGAUGGAUCAAGCCCCGGAUCACACCAUUCUUCCCAUUGCGGAUCACUUUCCCCUCAACCCCAUUCUUCGCCAGAGGAAGGUGAGAUGAGGGUUCCCGAUCUGGGGCCAGAACUGGAGCGUAUGCUCGUGGGGUCUCUAGUCGAUUCAUAUGGGUUCAAGCCUGAUGGAUUGAUAAAAAAGACGAUUAGUGUUCAAUUCGGUGCUGGUACUUACCACAUGGUUUCCUAUUAUAGAUUAUCUGACUUCGUCGACAGCCACCUGAAGAGGCCUGUGCAGGACCAUCGAUGCUCUCACUUGACCAUUCAUCAAGACCUCGUCAACAAACAAUCCUUCCGUCAGAUUGUUGAUUCUAGGGGCGUCGAACUCUCACAGCCAAGCGAAACCAGGUAUCCGAAUAGCCCUUCACUGCCCGGCACGCACCCCAGUCAAGCCGUUAGCCCUGCCUGUUCAGAUUACGGCUAUCAGCCCGGCGGAUACAAUCCCAUAGAACAGCGGUACGACAAUAGCGGAUACGCGGGUGCUCAGGAUAUUCCAUAUGCAUACCCGCCAAACGGCCCUCGGGAAGGCGGUGGCUUUGGAGGAUUUGGAGGCCGAGUAACUCAAAGACACCAGGGCUUUGGAAACCAAACGCCAGUUGGAUAUAACGUUAGCCCUAUGGGAGCAAAUGUUGGGACAUACUUCCCCCAUGCCCCGAGCACACACCCGAGCCCCAUCCACGCGAUUCCCACGGACUACGCUAGUGCCACCAUAGGUGAUAGCAAUUUAUCUAGAACAGCGGCUCAUUAUGGCCAUAACGCCAUCAAUGGACCCGGCAUGCGCCGAACAGCCCCCGCUCACUAUAGUCCUGCUGAGGUGGGCAACUUACCCCGCACCCUCUCCGAUCACUACAGUCACACUGCUACUGCUGGGGGCAGUCUUCCUCGAACCCCGGCAGCUAACUUCAGUACCUCCAUUACUGAUGGAGGAUCACUCCCUCGUGCGUUCCAGCCCCGUGGAAGCCAAGGGCUCGAUGACCCACAAUAUUCUCCUUCCAAUUCUCCUUGGGGCGAUAGUGGGCCGAACAGUGAAUAUUACCAUCACCAACAUCCACAGCCUCCUCACGGCCCAUUCGAUCCAGAUCAAUCCAAUGGGGGUGGUUAUGGCCACUGA